GGAUGAGAAAAGGAGUGAUGUGACUUUAACUUCCUGGCCACAAGACAGCCCGACAGGGAGUGCAUGGAAGGUAAGACUACUUUUCUCAAGGCAGGGUAGAGGCCCCAGGCAAUUUUGCAGGAAGGAGGCCGCUAACAGUUCAGUUUCCGAAGACGACCCACCUACUGCAGUCGCCGUCAGUCUUCGGUUCGGCCGGCCGGAAGUAUGCCCGCCCCCACCCGAGAGGCUGUGCGGCACCUACACUGGCUCUUAAACCCGCCUUUUCCGGCUGUUGCUGAAAGGGGCGUGGCGACGCUCGCAAGAUGGCGGCGCCCGCAUUAAUGAUGUUUCCGGAGAAACUGAGCCACAAAAAGUUCAGGGCCUCCCUGAAGAAGGAGAAACGCAAGAGACGUCGGCAGGAACUUGCGCGACUUAGAGACUCAGGACUCUCACAGGAAGAGGAGGAAGAGAAGGAUGCUUUUAUGGAAAAAAAACAACUUGAAGAAGAGAGGCUGAUGGAAAUAGAGAGGGCUAUUGCUGGCGCUUCAUACCUGUGCGAGUCCACUAUUCACUGUGGACACUCCCCCCCCCCAGCUAUAGGGCAAAAGUUGCAUGAGGAAUGGUUACAGCGGGAAGAGAAGGCACAGAAAGAAUUCCGAAUAAAGAAGGAAAAGGAAGACGCAACUAGAAAAAGGCAGGAAGCAGAAGAGAGAAAGCUAAAGGAAGAAUGGGAAGAACAGCAGAGAAAAGAGAAAGAGGAAGAAGAGCAGAAGCUGCAAGAGAAAAGAGAAAGAGAGGAGGCUGUGCAGAAGAUGCUGGAGCGAGCAGAAAGUGAGUUGGAAAAUGGAGCUACGUGGCAAAACCCAGAACCACCCACGGAUGUAAGAGUAAUGGAGAAAGAUCGAGCUAACUGCCCAUUCUUCAGCAAAACAGGAGCAUGCCGGUUUGGAGAUAGAUGCUCACGGAAACACAACUUUCCGACAUCAAGUCCUACACUUCUUAUUAGAAGUAUGUUCACGACCUUUGGCAUGGAGCAGUGCAGAAGGGAUGACUAUGACCCCGAUGCCGGCCUGGAGUACAGCGAAGAGGAAACCUAUCAGCAGUUCCUAGACUUCUACGAUGAUGUGCUCCCAGAGUUCAAGAAUGUGGGCAAAGUGAUCCAGUUCAAGGAUUAUUUGAAAUGCAACAGUGUCCACGAGGAAAACACUGCAACUUCCUUCAUGUGUUCAGAAACCCUAACAAUGAAUUCUGGGAAGCCAACCGAGACAUCUACCUGUCUCCAGAUCGGACUGGCUCCUCCUUUGGUAAGAACUCGGAGAGAAGAGAGCGGCUGGGCCACCAUGAGGACUACUAUUCUAGGUCCCGGCGGAGGAGGAGCCCCAGUCCCUCCCAUUCCUAUAAAAGGAAUGGGGAAGCCGAGAAGAAAAGGAGAAGCAGCCACCAGGGGAAGAAAUCUCACAAAUACACAUCCAGAAGUCGAGAGAGGCACAGUUCCCGAAGCAGGGGGAGAAAAAGGGACCGGAGCCGGAACCGGGGCCGGGGCAGCCGGGGCCGGGGCGGAAGCCCCAGCCACCGGAGCCGCAGUUCCUCUGGGUCCCGGGGCCGCGGCAAGAGGAGGUCAGGUAGUAGAGACCGAACUCUUCACAGCCCCAAGUCCAAAUAAACCUGCUUUGUCCUUCAAUGACUGUAUACCUUACUUAUUUUGCCUGUUACAUACUCAGAUUGAAGGCUGUGCGCUCAAACUGAUAGCAACUCUGGCAGAACCCUAUUUUUGAAAAUUCUUUUAAUCUUUGGUAAGUGUAUUGAGCACAGAAAACCUGGACUGUGUAAAUAACAUGGUAAUGAUGACAUAAUCGGUAAACACCGAUGCGUUGCUUCAAUCGUUUCUCUCUAUGGACUGUUGUGUACAUAUUUUCUCACACAGAACUCAUGAUUGUGGUUGGAAUAUGCUUCCCCCCGCCCCUUACAGAACAUUGGUGCUAUUUCAUUAAGUCCAGUUCCCAAUGUUUUCACUCUGCAGAGUGUAUGUAGAUCUAUCCGCCAACUCAACCGUCUUCCUACUGUUGAAUUGUUACUUUUAAUUUUUUGCACUACUAAAGAAUCUUGACGUAGAAACUAUUCCGUGGUGGAUUUUUAAAAAUACUUUCAGAUUGUUUCUGCCAGAUAAAUCACUGUGUCGAGAUAGGAAAACGAAAGCAGUUCCAAACUGCCCUCCAGGACAAUAAAAAUCCUCCUCUAUCAAAAAUCUGUGUUGGUAUUCCCACAUCACCAAUUUAAUCUCUGCCAUUGGAAUGAUUUGUGAGUUUCAAAGCCGAACUUUUUUUUUUUUUUUUUUUUUUUAUGUGAUGGUCUUUAGGUUUGGUUCUUUGAUCCUUUUGGAUUUUUCUACAUGUACUAACUAAAUCUAGUGAAUCUAAAGAUUCAAUUUCUCAGUCUUAAGUUAACUAGAAGGCAGAAUUAAUUCUCCCCCUUUUCUUCUACCUUGAAACAGUGCCGCUUUUAGCUAAGGGCUUUUCCAUUGAUAUGGUUAUGUUCUUUAAUGUGUUGGAAAGCUCAUUAUAUACAAGCAAGCUUUUUUUUUUUUUUUUGCAGGAAAAUUAGGGUCAUUGCUAUUGCCUAUGCCUAGGGCUAAAGCAGUGCUGAUAAAAUCCUAGACUGCUCAGAGAACCUUCUGUAAAAGCUUAAGGCAAAAUAUCCUCUUAGGAUUUCAGAUCAUAAAAAAAAAAAAACUCAAUUAUUUCCUUAGCAGCCUUUCCAUUGACUUACUGGGCAUUUUGCAAUUUGAGGUUUGGAAUUAAGGAUGCACAAAACACUACUAUUAAUAGAAAUAAAACAGGAAACCAGGAAAACAUUUCAACAGUGUUUCUCAUUGAAAUUUCCAUUGAAAGCGAGCCCUUUAAUUUGUAGUCUAAAAAAAUGUGUGGUCCGGAACACAUUUCACUCAAAAAAUUGAUUUGUUCCACACUUUAACUGCCUACUUUACCCUGAAAAUUACUGAAAAAUUUUCUCUAAUUAUCUACUGGAUUCACUAAUGCUGAAUAAUUCUGAUUAAAUUCAAUAUUUUCUAGUAAUUCACUAAA